UUCUUGCUCCACCUCUGCCUUCACCCUCCGGCGCAAGCCUUCCCCACUUCCCCCCUCGAACCAUUCCCCCCAACUUUCCGCUCCCAGAUCUCCGCCUAACCUCCCUAAGUUCACCGCACACUGCUUUCUGAUGCUCUCUUGCCAGGGAGCAGAUCAGGCAUCCCUUGGGACUAAUCGAUCCUCAGGCAGCCUGCAGCAUCCUGAUUCGCCGUUCAGGACCUCAGUCUUCGCGACUCGAGCCUCUGACAUCUGCAGCCAUGGCGUCCCGUUUCUGGAUGCAGUCUGACAGCGAGUCCGAGGAGGAGGAGGAGGAAGUCGAAGAGGAAGAGUCGGAGGAGGAAGAAGACGAGGCUCCCAAGGCCGGCGGCGAUGGCGCCGGGCGCGCGUCGAUCUACCUCCGGCAGGGCGACAGCGACAGCGAGGACAGCGACGACGGCCGCGCUCGCGUGGUGCGGCCGGCGCGGGAGAAGCGGUACGACGAGAUGGUGGCGACUGUGGAGCAGAUUAAGAACCAGAUGAAGAUCAACGACUGGGUCGCCCUGCAGGAGAGCUUCGAGAAGCUGAACAAGCAGCUGGAGAAGGAGAGCUUCGAGAAGCUGAACAAGCAGCUGGAGAAGGUGCUCCGCCUGAUCGAGUCCUCCGUGCCCCCGCGGCCGUACAUCAAGGGCGUGGUUCUCCUCGAGGACCAUCUCAACUCCGCCCUCGCGAACAAGGAAGCGAAGAAGAAGAUGAGCAGCAGCAACGCCAAGGCUCUUAACUACAUGAAGCAGAAGCUUAAGAAGAAUAAUAAGCUGUACGAGGCCGUUAUUGAGAAGUUCCGGGCCAGUCCGGAGUCGGAUGAGGAGGAGGAGGAGGAUGAGGACGAGGAGGAGGAGGAUGAGGAUGAGGAGGAGGACGAGGAGGGAGUGGAGGAUCCGUUGGACAGGAAGGGAGGGGAGGAGGAGGAAGAGGAGGAGGGGGGAGAGGGAUGGGAGACGAAGAAGAGCAAGAAGGAUCGGGCGCUGGAGAAGCAGUUUCAGCGGGAUCAUAGCGAGAUUAAGUGGGAGGAGGUGAACCAGAAGCUUAAGGAGAUUAUUGCCGCUAGGGGCCGCAAGGGGACAGAUAGGGUGGAGCAGGUCGAGCAGCUGACUUACCUGGCUAAAGUCGCAAAAACCCCCGCGCAGAAGCUUGAGGUUAUGAUGCAGGUGGUUUCUGCGCAGUUCGACGUUUCGCAGAACCUUCACCUGCACCUGCCCGUCCCCGUUUGGAGGAAAUGCGCGGAGAAUAUAACGACGAUUCUCGACAUUCUCGAGGGGAACCACAACAUAGUCCUGGACGAGAACUACGAGGUGGUUGAGGACGAUAACGAGACGCAGAAAGGCGCGGAUUUCGAGGGGACGAUCCGCGUGUGGGGGUCGGUGGUGUCGUUUGUAGAGCGUAUGGACGACGAGCUGUUCAAGAGCCUCCAGUGCACGGACCCCUACACCAAGACGUACCUUGAGCGGCUCAAGGACGAGCCGACGCUCCUGGCCCUGGCGCAGAACGCCCAGGCGUAUUCUCUGCGCGUGGGGGAUACGAAGGGGGCUUCGCGCGCUGCUCGCCGCCUGGUCGAGCAUAUUUACUACAAGCCCCAGAACGUGUACGCGGCCCUGCGUCAGAUGUCCGAGCAGCAGCAGGCAGCAGCCGCUGCCGCCGCCGCCACCGCCGAGACCCCCUCAGACGCCGCCGCAGCAGGCGACGAGGACGCGUCCCCGGACGAUGAGCCCGAGUCCGCCGCCGCGAAAGACGCCAAGCGCCGCGCAGCCAUCGCCGUGAACUCGUACGGGCCGCCCGCGUUCGUCCCUACCCUAGAAGCGGUCCCGCGGUGGCCUGUUUUCCCUGAGAGCGGGCGGGCGAUGAUGAAGGCGCUGCUGGCGGUGGUGUACGCGCACGGGGAGGAGCGCAGCAAGGCGCGCGCGAUGCUGUGCGACAUCUAUCACCAUGCGAUCCAGGACGACUACCACACGGCGCGCGAUCUCAUGCUCAUCUCGCACCUCCAGGACGCGGUCCAGCAGAUGGACAUCAGCACACAGAUCCUCUUCAACUGCGCCAUGGCGCAGCUGGGCCUGGCGGCCUUCCGCAGGGGGCUCAUCCCUGACGCACACAACUGCCUGGCGGACCUCUUUGCAGGCGGACGCGUUAAAGAGCUCCUCGCUCAGGGGGUUUCGCAGUCCCGGUUCCACGAGAAGAGCCCCGAGCAGGAGCGCAUUGAGCGGCGGCGGCAGAUGCCGUACCACAUGCACGUGAACCUGGAGCUGCUGGAGUCCGCGCAUCUGCUCUGCGCCAUGCUGCUGGAGGUCCCGUCCCUGGCGGCCCAUUCGACUGACGGGCGCCGCAGGGUGAUUUCGAAGAAUUUUAGGAGGCUGCUGGAUAUGUACGAGCGGCAGACGUUUACCGGGCCUCCUGAGAACGUGAGGGAUCACGUGAUGGCAGCAUCGCGCGCGCUCAUGUGCGGCGACUGGCAGCGCGCCGUGCACCUGGCGGAGUCGCUGGACGUGUGGAAGCUGUUGCCCGUGGCGCAGAGGGAGUCGGUGCUGGCGAUGCUCAAGAGCAAGAUCCAGCAGGAGGCGCUCAGGACGUUUCUCUUCAACUCCUCGUCCGCCUAUGUGUCUAUCAGCCUCGAUCAGCUCACUCAGAUGUUUGGCAUGUCUGAGAAGGCGGUGACCAGUGUGGCAAGCCGUAUGAUGAUGGCUGAGGAGCUCAGUGCGAGCUGGGACCAGCCGUCCAAGUGCAUCAUGGUCAACGCGGUCAACCCCACGCGCCUGCAGCACCUUGCACUGCAGUACGCUGAUAAGGUAUCAGUGCUGGUGGAGGGCAACGAGCGGGCCUUCUCCGAGAAGACAGGCGGCAUGACGAUUGAAGGGGCAGGGGGCGAACGCGGGGGCGGCCGUCGGGGCAAGGAUGGGGGCGGGGACUAUGGCGGGGGUCGCAGGGAUGACUACGGUGGCGGGGGAGGGGAGAGGGGAGGAAGGGGCGGUGGUGGUGGUGGGGAUGCCAGCAGGUUUGUCAACCUUGGCCGGGCUGGCGGGUACUGAGUGCGCUCUGAAUCGGGUGCUGCUGCUGCCAGUCUCCUGCACGAAGCCACGAUUUUUGACACGACGUUCUGUGGAUGGAGAUGGUCGGUAUAGAAGAAAUUAGUACUACUGUUCAUGUCAAUGUGUCAUGCUCUUGAACGCUUCUCAGCCUGUCGCAGGAAGUUUGGGUGGUUUUUAUGAAAGUCUAGUUGGAAGUGAAUACCAUAUUUGAGAACAUUGGCAGCAGCUAGUCUUGUGUCGGCUUUCUCACGUCAAUAGGGCUGCAUUGCUACUUGCUGUGUACUAGAUCAUUUUUGUCUCUGUCAAGAAUGCACUACUCUUGG